AUGUACGUGAUUUCAGAGUCGCGACAAGAUUUCGAAGACGGAGGCAUUGACGAACAAACUUUGCUCGAUUUGAAGCGGAUAUGGAGAGAUAAGCUAUCCAAGACUGGGGUUGCUAUGUUCAGUUGGGACUUGAAGCGGGAUGAGUACGAUGAUUCUAGUAAUCUGUUGGGACUCGGGGAUGAUCAUAUCAGUUCGCAAACGUUCCAGGAACAGUUCAAUCCAGCUGUUCCUGAUACCAACUCAGGAUUACACAUUCAGGGUCUGCAUCUCCCUCAGUCGGACCUUGCUCUUCCUACCAAUUCCAUCAAGGGUGAAGACGACUUGGGCAUAAAUAUUGCACUUCCGGGUGGGGGCAGAAUAGGACAAUCUGACGGAACGGUCAGCUUCACGCUAGAAGGAGCAGAAGCUCAACAACUCGCCAAAAAAUUAAGACGUUCACAGGUGGAUGGGGCCGGCGAUUUGGACGACGAAGGCGGAGACGAUCUGGGCUCCGAUCUCGGAGUGGGAUCUGACGAAAUCAAUUCAGACCUCGACGAUCCAGACGACGACGAAAUUAAUUCCGGAGACGACAACGAGGAUCAAGAAUACAACAUCAUGCUCUGUUUGUACGACCGUGUGCAAAGAGUGAAAAACAAGUGGAAGUGCAAUCUAAAAGACGGAAUCGCCAACAUCGACGGAAGAGACUACGCUUUCCAGAAAGCCACUGGAGAAAGCGAGUGCGUUUUGAGGACUCUUCGCAACAAAGCGCCCGCUCCUCCUCCCAAGCAGACUGACGCUGCUCCGGAACCGCUGACCCCAGCUGAGCUGGAGGCCAUAGCCAACAUCCAAUCGUCAUUAUACCAGCCAAAGAAUCCAUUUCUUGAGCCAUCGAAAGCCGACCUUAUUCAGAAGAAGAUCGACGCCAUAGCCGACAAAUUGGAGCGUCACAAACAAAUAGAGGAAGCAAAGUACCGCGAGUUACUCAAGGAACAAGAAAAAGCAGCCAAACCAAAUAUAGGAGAUUUCAGACGUCCGAUCGCUUCGUUUCUGCUUCUAGGGUCUGCAGUGUAUCUUCUUCUACAGUAUCUGUGGCACACUUUGGAGGCAGAGGAGCACGUGAUAUCAAUGGAACAAAAGACAAGAGAAUACGAGCGGGAGAUCCAGGCGUUAUUGGACAAGCAGACCCCAAAGAAGAAAUGGUUGUGGUUCUAA